UUCGGUCAACUAUGAAGGGCCGGCGGCGGCGGCGGCGCCGAGAGUACUGCAAGUUCACGCUGCUCUUGGCGCUGUACACGCUUCUGUUACUGCUCGUCCCCUCUGUACUGGACAGUGGCAGCGAGCAGGACAAGGGCGUUAGACACUGCCCCGGCCUGCAGCGCAGCUUGGGUGUAUGGAGCCUGGAGGCGGCGGCCGCCGGGGAACGUGAGCAGGGAGCUGAGGUGCAUCCCCUGGUUGAAGGAGAUGCAGGUCGAUCCCCUAGGUCCCCAGGCAACCUCAGCACCGUCGGUGAAGCGGUGACCCAGGAGAAACAACACAUCUAUGUGCAUGCCACCUGGCGCACCGGCUCGUCCUUCCUGGGCGAACUAUUCAACCAGCACCCGGACGUUUUCUACUUGUACGAACCCAUGUGGCAUCUGUGGCAGGCGCUGUAUCCGGGCGACGCCGAGAGCCUGCAAGGCGCCUUGAGAGACAUGCUGCGCUCGCUCUUCCGCUGUGAUUUCUCCGUGCUGCGGCUUUACGCGCAGCCCGGGGACCCCGCUGAUCGAGCGCCGGACUUGGCCAACCUCACUACGGCCAUGCUUUUCCGCUGGCGGACCAACAAGGUCAUCUGCUCCCCGCCUCUGUGUCCCGCCGCACCGUGGGCGCGCGCAGAGGUGGGCCUCGUCGAGGACAAAGCAUGCGAAAGUAGCUGCCCGCCGGUGCCGCUCCAAGCCCUGGAGGCCGAGUGCCGCAAGUACCCGGUGGUGGUCAUCAAGGACGUGCGGCUGCUCGACCUGGGCGUGCUGGUGCCCCUGCUCCGUGAUCCGGGCCUCAACUUGAAAGUGGUGCAGCUCUUCCGAGACCCGCGGGCAGUGCACAACUCGCGCCUCAAGUCGAGGCAGGGACUGUUGCGGGAGAGUAUCCAGGUGCUGCGCACGCGCCAGAGGGGUGAUCGCUUCCAUCGGGUGCUGCUGGCGCAUGGGGUGGGUGCCCGUCCCGGAGGCCAGGCUCGAGCUCUGCCCUCGGCGCCGCGUGCCGAUUUUUUCUUAACCAGCGCCCUCGAGGUGAUCUGCGAGGCCUGGCUGCGCGACCUGCUAUUCGCACAGGGCGCGCCGGCCUGGCUGAGGCGUCGUUACCUGAGGCUGCGCUAUGAGGAUCUGGUGUGGCAGCCCCAAGCCCAGCUGCGCCGCCUGCUGCGCUUCUCUGGGCUACGGACAGUCGCCUCGCUGGAUGCCUUCGCGCUCAACAUGACACGAGGCUCAGCUUACGGUGCUGAUCGGCCCUUCCACUUGUCUGCCCGGGAUGCCCGAGAGGCUGUGCACGCGUGGCGGGAGCGUCUGAGCCAAGAACAGGUGCGCCAGGUGGAGGCUGCCUGCGCUCCUGCUAUGAGACUGCUGGCCUACCCUCGCAGCCGCGAUGAGAGCGAGGUGGAGAACGGCAGGGAAGGGGAGACACCACUGGAGACCAAGGCCAACUGGGCCACAUAACAC